ACUCACAGUCUGACCAUUGUACACCUGAGGGCUGGGAUGGUGGUGGCGUGGGGGGGGGGGGGGUAGUGCUGAUUUUUAUCUCCCUCCCUGCCGUGCGGUCCCGCAAAUCUCAUGCAAGUCCAGGUAAAUCGAGGGGCUGUCCUUAACGCACCGGUUCUGCAGAGAGCGCAAAAGAGGAAUUACCUGUAGUCCGGGUUCUGUAGUUAGACCACACCGCACCGACUUGAAAGUCCAGUUCGGCAAGAAGAGAAGCCCAGGAUAAAGCUGAAGAGAAAUAUGUCACAGGAGACGGACAACAGCAAGCGCCUGGUGGUAGUCCUACAGAAUGACUCAAACUUCCAUCCCAGACGUGCCUAUACCAGUGAAGACGAGGCCUGGAAGUCAUAUCUUGAAAACCCUUUGACAGCUGCCACAAAAGCGAUGAUGAGCAUUAAUGGUGAUGAAGAUAGUGCGGCUGCCUUAGGAUUGCUUUAUGACUACUACAAGGUCCCCAGGGAAAAAAGACUGAUGCCACUUGGUAAAGUAGCUGAUACACAAGAUGAUCAAGAGAAAAGAAAUUGCCUCACGUCAUCUGAUAAUCAGAGCAACCUGGAGGUUCAAGAUAAUCGGGUGCAGGUUCUGAAGUCCCUCCCAGUGAAUCUGUCCUUGCACCCAGAACACGUGGACGUUUCAAAGAGGGAGAGUUAUGGUGCGAGUCUGGCCGAGAAUAUGCCCGUGUCAGUGGCAGGAGUAGCUGUGGUCAGUAUCAAGACAGAGGGUUAUCCAACCAGCUACUCAGGGGCAUCGAACCCCAACAUGCACUACAGCAGAGCUGAGAGUGACGAACAGAGAGGGGUGAUUUUUGAACAGAGCCUCAGCGGUAACCAAUAUGAAGUGCUCACUGUUACGCACACCAACUACCUCAAGGAUGACCAGCGAAGCACACCUGACAGCAGCUACAGCGAAUCUUGCAAGGAAGGAACUGCUGAAAAAUACCGCAGCCCUUCAUUAGGAGAAGAGGAAUUCAUCUACGAACAGACGGGAGGAGAUUCAUUCCAUUACAUGUUGGAAGCAACAAAGUCCUUGCGUCAGAAGCAAGGGGAGGGGCCGAUGACGUACUUGAAUAAAGGGCAGUUUUAUGCCAUAACCCUCAGGGAGACUGGAGCCAACAAGUGCCUUCGCCAUCCAAUCAGCAAAGUUAGGAGUGUAAUAAUGGUGGUGUUCAGUGAAGACAAGAACCGCGACGAGCAACUGAAAUACUGGAAAUAUUGGCAUUCUCGACAGCAUACUGCCAAACAGAGGGUUCUUGAUAUCGCUGAUUACAAAGAGAGCUUCAACACCAUUGGAAACAUAGAAGAAAUUGCUUACAAUGCCAUCUCUUUCACCUGGGACGUGAACGAGGAAGCUAAGAUAUUCAUCACCGUGAACUGUCUGAGCACGGAUUUCUCCUCACAGAAGGGGGUGAAAGGACUUCCCCUCAUGAUACAGAUCGACACCUACAGUUACAACAAUCGUAGCAACAAACCCAUUCAUCGUGCCUAUUGCCAGAUCAAAGUCUUCUGUGACAAGGGAGCUGAGAGGAAAAUCCGGGAUGAAGAACGGAAACAGAACCGAAAGAAAGGAAAAGGUUCAGGGGCUUCAAAUCAAGUAAAUCCCAGUUCAGAAGCCAAACUGAGCACUGCAGCCAUGCAGAAGCGAAGUGACGCGACUUUCUUCAAAACCGUGACCGACCUAGAUGCUCAGCCAGUCCUCUUUAUUCCGGAUAUCCACUUUGGGAACCUCCAGAGGAGCGGACAGAUGUAUAGUGUCAGCACAGACGACAUGGAGAGGGAAGGUGUCCUUGUGAAAAGGAUGCUCCGAUCACUAGAAGACGAAUACCCCCCAACAGCCACCAAACAGAUUAAAGAGGAAGUGCAUAAAAAAGUCCUGCUGUACGUACGGAAAGAGUCUGAUGAAGUGUUUGAUGCAUUAAUGUUGAAGUCGCCAACCAUCAAAGGGCUGAUGGAUGCAUUAUCUGACAAGUAUGGCUUUCCAGCAGAAAAAAUCGGAAAAAUUUACAAGAAAAGCAAAAAAGGAAUUUUGGUAAACAUGGAUGACAACAUCAUAGAACACUACUCCAACGAAGAUACCUUCAUUCUCAAUAUUGAAAGUCUGGGUGAGAGCUUCAAGAUCACUCUGACUGAAAUUUAACAAGGGCUUCGAACAAUAUGUACUUCGCAGGGGUUGGAUCGGAGUUUGGCCAGCGUGCUGGUAUCAGCCUGUCUGCUGAACACCUGUUAGUGACAAUCGAAAAAGGGCUUCGCUCUCGUAAAGUGAACAAACUGUGUACAGUUAACAGAAAUCAAUGAAGCUGAACUGCCGUGUCUCUUUACUCCAUAAUUUUCCAAUAUUACAUCAUUAGAUACUGUUGUAUUAAUCAUUCCAGCAACUUCAGAAUGAACACUAUGAUGAUGUUCUGGGAGGACAAGAUUUUAGCUAUAGGCGAUUGAAUUGGUAUGGGCAUUGGAUGUAGUCAUGCCCGGUAACCCCUUACUUUCAGCUCCAUGGUAUUUGCCAUCAGUUUUGUUCUGUUCCAAUUAUCUGUUCCAAUCACAUACAGGAUUUUCCGUAGUGGAUGCAUUCAUCGAUACCUCAGAGAACAAGCUUGUGAAUGGGAAAGUAAAUGUCACUCCAGUCGCUUCUUCAUUUGGAAAGCAACAUGUUUUAUUAAUUAUGAGAGCUUCUACAUCAUCUGAUUGCUUGUUAGUCAAAUACAUAUGCAAUUAAGAUUGAUAGACCUAAUGCUCCAACAGGUUAUACAGACUAUCUGUGUCUGUCUAUGUAGCAAGGGAGCCAAUAUCACCCUUAGUAGAAUUUGACACUAAUUGAAAUAGAGAAUAGCGUAUAUAAUUGUAAAAACAAUGUCUAUAAUGUGCAAUAUUAAAUUUUACGUAAGGCAUGUUUACUGCCAUUAUGCUUUCUUUGGGUUGAGGGUUUUUGCGGUAGUGUGUAUUUUUAUUUUUUAAUAUAAAACCUGUCUCCUUUUGUCUAUAUAUUAAGUUAGAAAGGCAUCUCAAGAUUUUACAAAGUGACUGUAUAAACUGCAAUCCAGGCUAUUUAAAGGACUCGGGAAACUUGAACGUUUUUACACAUCGAGUUAAAACUGUAUACAAGGUAAUAUUUUUGGAAAUGGGAGUUGGGAUCUUUUCAGACUUUAAAAAGACAGUCGUAUUUUAUUUUUUGUACAAUUUUUUAAGAGCAAAAUAAACAUCAGCGAACAUGGA